GCAAGGGUUCCUUCUUCCAAACAGUAGCAGCUCCACCAUAUCUCCAGCCUUCAUGUUUUCUGCCAUUUCAGCUCCUCUAUACCCAAAUUUUAUCAAAAAAUUAUUACUAGUUACACCGCCUGCUGUCGCAUUAUCAUUACCUCCGCCUUUUGUCCACAACCGCCGUGGCAGCUGUACUUUUGCUGCAGCCACCGUCUCUUCGCCUUCAGUCGUUACAGAAUUUAAAGAAAUCAGAAGCCCAGAACUCGUGGCCCGGGAAUAUGCCGACCUCAAUCUCUCGGACAAAUUUUGCGAGGAGGUGGGUCAUGUUAGAAUCCGACAGCAUGUUAAUCCUCUUCGUUCUUCUCUCAUGAUUCCUGCUGAAGUGCCAGAAUGGAAUGAAGUCUAUGAGGAUGCAAAAUUGCCACUGAUGGUGGAUAUUGGGAGCGGUAGUGGCAGAUUUCUCUUGAGGCUUGCUAAAAAAAAUCCCACAUUUAGGAAUUAUCUGGGAUUGGAGAUACGUCCAAAGUUGGUCACACGUGCUAAUUAUUGGGUAGAUGAGCUUUCUAUGAGAAAUAUACAUUUCAUGUUUGCUAAUGCCACGAUCUCCUUCAAACAACUUGUAUCGACAUAUCCUGGACCAUUGAUGUUUGUUUCGAUCUUGUGCCCAGAUCCACAUUUCAAGAAGAAGCAUCGCAAAAGAAGGGUUGUGCAGAAGCCUCUUGUUGAGUCAAUUGUGGACAGUUUAAUGCCAGGUGGACAGGUCUUCAUUCAAUCAGAUGUCCUUGAAGUGGCAAUUGACAUGAGGAACUAUUUUGAUGCUAAGUUAGAUAAACUUGUACAUGUUAACAGUAUUUACACUAAUAUGCUUUGUGACACUGAGGGAUGGUUGUUGAAUAAUCCAUUGGGAAUAAGGACGGAGCGUGAGAUCCAUGCUGAAUUUGAAGGUGCUAGAAUUUACAGAAGAAUGUACCAAAAGCAGAGUUGAUUAUGCUCCUCGUGUUGUUCCAUGAAGCACAGGACUUCUUAGUUGAUUAGUCUACUUGCAGAAUUGCUCUGCCAGCUACCAUGGGCCAGUGAUCUUUGUAGCAUUCUUGGUUUACAAGGCCUGGUUCUUGCUUGAAUGGCACAAGAAGUUGCUUUUUGAGGAAAUGACUAAGAAACAUUCUUGGUGCAAUCUUUUAUCAUUAGUCAUAACCUCCUUUCCUUAGGGCCCAUCAUCCUCGACUAGCAAUGAUUGUACUCAAUACGCCAUUGAAAGACAUUUAUGUUCGCGUUGUAAAGAGAGAGUCAUGGUGGACCGACAGUUCCUUUUGACAAAUGAGCUAUCCUGUUGAAACCUUCUACUUGGACCGAGUAUUGUAUAUUUGCACCAAAAUCAUUUGAUUGUUUCUUUAGCUGAUGCUGCCUUUGCACUUGUUUCUCCAUAUGCCCUUAUCAAUCGACAAUGUUCUUUUAGCAGCUAAUGCAAUUUCCUGGCAUAUUAAGUCGUUUAUAUCAAAUUCACGCGUGCUGUCCUGAA